AUGGUCAAAGUCCUCACCUUCCUGAGCGCGCUGGCCACUUCCGCUACGGCUGGCUCCGCCACGGAAUUCCCCGAGUCUGUGACCAAGCUCAUCGACUACUCCACAAACCCUUGCGACGACUUUUAUCAAUAUGCGUGUGGCGCGUGGUACAAGGAUGCUGUGAUCUCCCCGGACAGGCCCAUUACCGAUACGUCGUUCUUCAAGAUCGCCAUCCAAAACGAAGCCGUGUUGAAAAAGAUUUUGUCUGACAACAAGACCAAGCUUGGCGAGUUUUACAACUCCUGUUUGGACACGGCUACGCUGUCCUCGCUCGGCGUGACUCCGUUGACCGACUCGUUCAAAGCCAUUCGAUCGGCCAACAACACGUUGGACCUCCUCGUCGUGGCUGGCGAACUGGCCAAGAAUGGCAUCCCUGCCUUUGUCGACAUCAAGGCCAGAGCUGAUUACGCUAACCCAACCAAGAACGCCCUCUUCGGUGUCCGAUCCCCCCUGCCGCUACCUCGCAAAUACUACAUCUUCCCUUCCGAGUGGUCAUACUUCAAAGCCGACUACGAGGUGUACAUUACGUCGGUGUUGCAGUUGGCUGGCUACACUGCCGAACAAGCGGCGGCUGCGGUGCCGGUGAUCACCCGCUUCGAAGUAACUGUGGCCGACUUCGGCCUCUACAAGUUCAAGGAGACGGAGGCCGCUGCGUCUCCCUACACUGUGUAUACGUUUUACCAACUGGACCAGAAGUACCCGCUGCUCAUCGGCUCAUGGCUCAAGGCCAACGGCUUCAAUGUCCACGACCAGUCCGGUGAGUCGAACGACUGGGUGGGUUUAACCGAAUUGGCCUACUUUGACAAGACGGAAGCGUUGUUAAAGAACACGACGUUGGAUGACCUCCGCACCAUCGUGGAGUACAAGCUCAUACACGCCUCGUCCACCCACCUGACCCCUGAAUUCCGCACGGCCAACUGGAACUUUUUCGGCAAGAGGAUAGAUCACGAAGACGCGGAACCUACUCGUGAAACAUUCUGCGUGUCUCAGACGGGCUCCACGGUUGGGGAGCUCUUGGGCCAGAACUUCAUAGACGCGGUGUGGUCGGCUGACACGGCCAAGACGGCCGACGAACUUGUCAAGGCCUUGGAGUCGUCCUUCUCGACUGGUAUUGCGACCACCGACUGGUUGGACAACUCGACCCGCGCCAACGCGCAAAAGAAGCUGUCCAAGUUAGUGAGUUUGGUGGGUGGCCCAAAGAAGCCCCAGUUGUACCCCACGCUGACGUUGAACUCGAAGUCGUAUUUGAACAACCGGUGGACGAUCUCUCAAGUGAACAUCGACACCAACUUGACGCUGAACGGCCAACCUGUGGACACGCCCAAGUUCGACGUGCCUCCCCACAAGAUUACCGCGGAGUACAGGUUCAACAUGAACCAAAUUGUGUUCCCGGCCGCCAUUUUGCAAAAACCGUUCUUUGACAGCCUGUUUGACGCCUCCCAGAACUUUGGUGCCAUCGGGAUGGUCAUCGGACACGAAAUCACCCACGGGUUCGACAACUACGGCCGCAAGUUGGAUGGCGACGGGAACUUGAACUCGUGGUGGUCGAACGCAACCAAAACUGCGUUCAAUACGAAAUCCCAGUGCUUUAGCGACCAGUACUCCAACUUUGUCGUCAUGAGCGAAGAGACUGGCGCUGAGUUGGGCAACAUCAACGGCCAGAUCUCUUUGGGUGAAACUAUUGCGGACAACGGGGGGCUGAAGACCAGUUUCCGCGCGUACCACGAGUACUUGAAGAAGUUUCCGUCCCAGUACACGGAAGAAGCAGGCGACAAAUUGUUCUACUUGUCGUUCGCCCAAUCCUGGUGCUCCAAAAAUACGGAUGACUACCUCCUCUGGAAAAUGAGGAAGCAGCACCCGCCCAAUCGGUUCCGCGUGAUUGGAGCGUUGCAAAACGACGCUAAGUUUGCCCGAGUGUUCCAGUGCCCCACCGACUCGUACAUGAACCCUUCCGAGAAGUGCUUGUUGUGGGAAUAG